AUCUCUAUAUACGUAAAUGGCGGCAUUACUGGUAGCCUCCACUGAGUCGACUGAAUAAAGCCGAUCGUUUCCAAACGCAUUUUGUCUGCGAGCGCCGCUUCUUCGUUGAAAGUCGAUCCCUAUCAGCUACCAAACCAAAAUGUGCAUACGUAACUACCAUCGAUCUAAAUACGGACACAAAAAGAAAACGCCACGAUACACUCUCGAGACCCUUACCACGCGAAGUCAAUCUGGACAUAGUGAUCCAUUGUGACCAUUUGUGACAUUGUGACUGGCUCGCCAGUUUCACGUGCUUUUCAGUUCUUGGAUAUAGUUGACGCACUUGCGGCCAUUUGUGUUGAUGGAGGCACAGUCGGUGGAGCGUGUGAUAAGAAACAAGAUGGCUGCCUCCAACUCGAGUUUAUCCAGUGAAAUUCCAGCGAAAAGAGAGGAUGAAUUUAACGAGUUUUAUACAGAAGUUAAGGAAAUCGAGAAGAGGGACUCUGUCUUGACUCCGAAGCAACAAAUUGAUAGACUCUUACGUCCUGGUUCCUCGUACUUCAAUUUGAAUCCUUUUGAAGUUUUGCAAAUUGAUCCGACCACCUCCAUCGAUGAAGUCAAGAAGAAAUAUCGUCGAAUGUCAAUUUUGGUACAUCCAGACAAAAACCAAGAUGAUGCUGAAAGAGCCCAACAAGCAUUUGAGAUUGUGAACAAAGCAUGGAAAACCUUGGAGAAUGAAGAAACUAGAGCAAAGUGUAUGGAUGUUAUCGAAGAGGCAAAGGCACGAACAGAUCACAUGAUUACGGAGAAGAAAAAGAAAUUAAAGAAAGAAGGUAAAAACGCAAACGAUGGAACGGGCGCGCAUGUGCUAGAUGAAGAAACUGAGGAAGGAUACAGACAUGCAGUGUGGGUCAUGACGAUGAAACUCUUUGCUGACAUGGAGCGCAGAAGACGGGAAUUAGCUACUAGAGAUGCAGAACAGCGUAAACGAAAAAGAGAAGAAGAAUUAUCAGCAGAAGCACAAGCUGCGCUAGAACGGGAAUGGCAGCGGAACUUUGAGGAGUCUAGACAAUCCAGAGUCGACAGCUGGAAAGCUUUCCAGUCCGGCUCCGGAGGAGCAACCAAGCAAAAGAAAACGAAAAAGCUAAAAGCCUUCAGGCCACCAAAGACGAAGGCUGAAUCUCGAUAAAAUUGUCCAAUUUCAUAUUUUUUAUCGUGUUCCUGGCACUUAACACUGGUUUCCUUACAAAAAUUCAAUUAAAAUGGUUAGGAGCUAAUGUAUCCUAGAUCGUUAAGCCACGCGGUCAACUAAAUUACCAUGUCCAUGCCACGGUAAACCUAAUAAUGUGGAUACAACGGUUAAUUAACAUUGUGAAUCGGUUUAUCAUCAUCCGGAGGCGUCAAUCCUACGGUGUGAGACAAAAAAGACUAAAGAAUGGUUAAGUGCGCAGCUGACAAAUAGCAGUCGUUCAAUACGAUAUAACAGAGAAAACUACGUGAAUGAGUGAGUGAAAGGAGUGAAUAUGAAAUUAGAUGUAGAGUAAAAAAAAAGGGAGAGAAUAACUUGUCAAAUUUAACAAACAAAAAUUGAAACAUGGGAAGUAUAUGUUUUCAGUGCAAUUGAAAUGCGUCUGUGCAAAGGUCAAAAAAACGCCAUUCGAAUGCACAAUAAAAUUCUUCUACGUGGCCCGUAUAAGUUGAAGCAGUAAAAAAAAAAGUAUCCAUUUUUAAAAAUGUUUAUUUACCAAAAUAACAAGCAGAGACAACGUUCGUAUACAGUUACGUACAUAUAGAUGACAUAACGAAUGUCUGAUGGAUAUUGGUUUUUAAUUAUUUGAUUCAUUAAUGAAUAUCCAUGACCAGUUUAUUCGUGAUAACUGUGCUCGUCUUUAUAAUCUAUUACAAUAUUCCCAAGGAACGAAAAUAAUAAAUGGGGAAUAGAAACUGUCCAUGUAAAUAUCUUAUAACGGGCCAUGCCAUUAUUUUUCCAUAUUUCAUUUUGUUUGAUUGCGUCUUUCUCUCCCUCUCUCUCUCUCUCUCUCUCUCUCUCUCUCUUUCUUUCAUACGUGCCUGCGAGUUCCAGUGCACGAGGACGAACCUUUCAUAAUAAAUGUACUAUUUUUACUGUAGAUAUGAACAGAUUAUAAUUCCAAGAUAAUCGUAUUGUCUGUAUAACGGAUGUUAUACCUAUAGUGUACGUAAUGGACGUUUUAUCUUUCUGUGGUCGGCAUUAAAUUAGUCCUUUUUUACAUAA